AGCAAGAUCAUCGUAUCUAACAGUUUGGGAAUACCUAUCGCACAUUGCGUCUCAUUCUAGGAGAAAACGCUUCAUCCAGUUACCACUACAACCUCAAUGUCAAUCAAUUUGACAAUAAAGCAAGAGAAUCAAAGAUGGCUCUGCGUCUCAUAUACAGAUAAUACCGUCAAGUCAUUGGCAACACAUCAUCUAAAACGUAUCAAUGUUUGCCAGGCGUCGCGGCGCAGAUCAGAAAAAUUGCAAUAUAUAGAACAACCCAACAACAGUUUUCUAGUCCGACACGAUAACGACGGCGUCGAGAGAAUAGUCCGAGAGACAAAGACAUAUUGGGUGAUCAAGACUCCAGAUAUCGAAAAGGCGAGGCUUUUUGUCAAGAAUUUCCUUAUCACUGGGGAGGCGAAUCUAGAGUCCUCUAAUGUGAUAGUGCCUGAGAAGUAUGAUGAAGCCGACUGGAAGAGUCUAUUAAAUGGGGGAUCAGAGACUCGAGUGGCAAGUUCAAGCCUUCGUAAAGGAUCUUUUCUGAGUUAACAGAGGGCUUCCUAUUAUUACCUAAUAUUGCCUUACCCAUGGACGGAGCAGUCCAAGUUAAACUAUUCAAACUAUACCUAGGGGAUCUUAUUUUUCUUUACUUAGAGCAAUGUUUCAUGGGUAGCCUCCAGUCAUGUCCUGGUUGCCUCCAUCACCCCGAUGAGUCACCAUACCGAAAUUGCAGUGGAGCUAAGGUGACUAUCGAAUUAUUCAAGAAAAAAAAUAAAGCUAGAAAACACCAGUUCAAUAACAAUCAUACAUCUCGCCUUUACUUACACACUCCGCGUAACGCGAUGGGAAAAAAAUCAAAGCGGCGCCCUGUCCCUAGAUGGUCUGACGGAAAGGGACAACAUGAGGAUCCGAACGGGCCAAUAUUUUUCUUCAGACCCAAAGAAGCCUACGGCGAGUUCUGCCAAUGGUAUCCAGCCCGCUUCGCAGUCAGCACGACCGAGAUAUCGAGCCUAAUCGGCCAUCCGAUCGACGAGGACGACCCGGGAGGCUGUCAGCAGAUCUCCUUCAACUGCGCCGAGCAGUUCAUGAUGUACUGCAAAGCGGGCCGGUUCCACGACUCCGAAAUGCAGAAGCUCAUACUGGAAACAGACGAUCCGAAAGACCAGAAGGCGCUGGGGAGGUUGACUAGAGAGUUCCGCGAGACAAGCUGGAGCGAGGUCAAGAGCCGGGUCGUGGUCGCUGGGAACAUGGCGAAGUUUGGUCAGAAUCCAAAUCUGAAGGGUGUCUUAUUGGGUACUGGCGAUCGGCUGCUAGCUGAGGCGUCUUCCCACGACCGUGUAUGGGGCAUUGGAUACACUGUCAAGCAAGCCAUGGCGGGCCAGACGAAUAGGGAGAGUUGGGGGGAGAAUAGGCUAGGCAAGGCGCUGAUGGAAGUGAGGAUGCGUUUGCGGGAGGAGCAGGGCGACGAUAUAAGUCUCGAAGAGGAUCAAGGUUAACACUGACGAUACUACCUAGGUAGGUUCUGGAAUAUUAUCUUGGAACUUGGAAAUCCGAGUGCAGACUGAGGAUCAGCGACUUAAGCAUGACGCCAAGCGCCACUACAGCGAAGCCAUAGAAUGAGAGCUGGUCCGUAUCCUGCAAGAGUUCUUCAAUGAUGGAAAUCCGACCCCCAUAACGCCUUAAGCCCCUUAUCAGGAAGAUGGGGUGGCCUAGCAGCUACUUGGAAAGCUCAAUGCCCGGGAUACCGCAUGUGUACUCGACGCCAUGCCGGAUGUUUCACACGGCAUAUUGCAGAGUGCAUAUAUUAAUGAAUAUACGCCAGCUUUCAGCUCUAAUGCAGGUUAGCCACAAAUGAUGUCAAGAACCGAGACCAAUACGCAGCCACAGGCCUUUUGAGAGAGGUGUUAAACUUCUUCCAGCUAAGUGUUCAGCUGAAACGCAAGUGCUGCGGUGUGCUAUAGGUUCAAUUGAAUCGUGGAUUAAUUAAUGGGCACCUACAUUCAGAUACUUGUAUACAUAAAGUACCUAUGUAAGUAGGCUAUACGUACCUAAUGCAUGAUGCAUGUAAGUGCUUGGUGUACGCAAUAUAGAACCGUCUUAGGUAACGCAGAGUAGGUC